AUCUAUAUCUAUGGUGGUGCGCAUACAUCCACGUGAAGGUCAGCAUUUGCGGCAUCAGGGGUUUUAUUGCCGUGGGUUUUAUCGGACUACAGUUGACUUUUAAUCGAAUAUGGACGGAAAGAAUGCGAGCGCGGACCCCCAGCUCCAGCAGUUCAUCGAGAUCGAGUCUCAAAAGCAAAAGUUUCAACAGCUGGUGCACCAAAUGACGGAAGUGUGCUGGGAGAAGUGCAUGGACAAACCAGGACCCAAAUUGGAUUCCAGGACAGAUACAUGUUUCGUCAAUUGCGUGGAGAGAUUCAUCGACACCAGCCAGUUCAUACUUAACAGACUGGAACAGACGCAGAGGAGUCGAGGGUCUUUCUCGGACAGCAUGACAGACUAGCAUUGGCACGGAAGGACAUUGGCUUAACUACACCCACGUUUCAAUCUGACAUGUAAACUAAAAAGUGUUUGUUAAAAGUGCCUCAGAUGAAUACCAUGUUUGUUUCACUCUAUGAUUGCAAGACUGCUGUAGCUUUUUUUUUUAUUUUUAUUUUUUUUUUAAAUCAGUU